GCCUGGUUGUGCGUUGUCCAAUAUGGUUAAUGGCCGACCAUGUACUAAGUUGAGUAUUUAGUUAUUACGUUCAGCAACGUUUAAUUCUGACCAAGUGCAAUGUAAUUUAAUUCAAUCUCUUCGAACAAUUUUGAUUUUUUGUUAUCAUUUAUAAAAACAUCGAGGUUUUUUAAAUCGUCCAAUCUGUUUUAUAAUCAUAUGUAUAGAAAGUUGUUUGUUACGUUUUAAAAUCUAAAAACAACAAGGAAGUGAGGUUAUUUAAGUGAGGUUGAACGUAUCACAUUACUUUAUCAACGUAUUUAAAUAAAUCAUAAUUUCAUUUUGUUGAAAGCCAAAAUGUCUUUAACGAGUUUUUUACCAGCACCCAGCCAAGUGACUUGGGACAGAUCUGAUGAAGCACGUGAACAAAAAUUGAGGCAACGACCUGUAUCAGCUUUGGUGAAAGCUUUUGUUACCGCACCACCUUACGGGCAAAGAAAAGGAUGGAUUCCCCGAAAUCUCGAUGACUAUGGAGAUGGUGGCGCGUUUCCGGAGAUCCAUGUUGCCCAGUAUCCUCUGGAAAUGGGUCAGAAGGGCAAGGAGACAUGCAACGCCUUGGCAAUUCAGCUCGAUGCAGAAGGAAAAAUAAAAUACGACUUAAUCGCUCGACAAGGUCACUCUAAAGACAAAAUUGUAUACAGUAAGCUCAGUGAUUUAUUACCAUCAGAAAUAGCAAAUGAAAAUGAUCCCACUUUGAUGCGGCCAAGUGAGGAGGAAUUAGAAGAAAACACGGAACGGACCCGGAAAGCUCUUGAAAAAAUUACACAGUCGAAGAUUGCUGCUGCUAUGCCGGUCCGUUGUGCAGAGAAACAAGGGCCAGCUCAGUACAUUCGGUACACCCCGUCCCAGCAAGGUCAAUCAUUCAACUCUGGAGCUAAGCAACGAGUCAUCAGGAUGGUCGAGGCUCAAGUGGAUCCGAUGGAGCCACCGAAAUUCCGAAUAAAUAAAAAAAUUCCUCGUGGACCACCAUCUCCACCAGCACCAGUUUUGCAUUCUCCAACUCGUAAGGUGACUGUAAAAGAACAAAAAGAGUGGAAGAUACCUCCGUGUAUUAGUAACUGGAAAAACGCAAAAGGUUACACGAUUCCUCUUGAUAAACGUUUGGCUGCCGAUGGACGAGGUCUGCAACAGGUUCACGUCAAUGAGAACUUUGCUAAGCUAGCUGAGGCUCUUUACAUUGCCGACAGAAAAGCCCGAGAAGCUGUAGAAAUGCGAGCACAGUUAGAGAAGAAACUGGCUCAGAAAGAAAAAGAAAAGAAGGAAGACCAUCUCCGUCAGUUGGCUCAGAAAGCGCGGGAAGAGCGUGCUGGGUUGAAGGCUUCUGCGGCUCUGGAGAAGUCGGAGGAAUCUAAGGAGCGGGAUCAGCUGCGACAUGAGAGGCACAAGGAUCGUGCGCGCGACCGCAAUCUUGCUCGUGCUGCUCCAGACAAGCGGUCCAGGUUACAACGAGAACGCGAGCGGGAUAUAAGUGAACAAAUCGCUUUAGGUAUGCCCGCCAAGAAUAUAAAUGCCACUGGUGAGGCUCAAUUUGACCAGCGGUUAUUCAAUACCACUAAAGGAAUGGACAGCGGUUAUGGUCAUGAUGACGAGUACAAUAUCUACGAUAAACCCUGGAGGGAUUCGAAUUCAUUAGCUAACAAUAUCUACAGACCCAGCAAAAAUAUCGACAAAGACAAUUACGGUGACGAUCUGGAGAAAAUUGUGAAGACCAACAGAUUUGUACCCGACAAAGAAUUCAGUGGAACUGAUCGAUCCGCCCAAAGGAGUGGUCCAGUGCAAUUCGAAAAGGAUGAAGAGGAUCCCUUCGGAUUGGAUCAGUUCUUGACUCAAGCCAAGAGAGCCAGUGGGUCAACAACCACACCAAGUGCUUCUGCGACUUCUUCAAAGCGCAAAGACGACAAAGAACGUCUUUCUGUACCAUUAAAAAAGAAAAAGAAAUAUUAAUUAAAUUAAUCCUAACUUACAUUACUAUAAGUGAAUAAAAAUUUAUUACUAAUUAAUUUGAUAGAUUAUUUAUAAUUUUAUUUUGUCACUUACGAUUUAAUUGUCAUGAUUGGUUAAUAAGCCGCUUAAAAUAAGACAGUACGCAUU